AUGCAGAAGUCAAUUCUCAUUGUGUCGUUGGCUGCGGCCGUCUCCGCCCAUCAAAAUCUCCACCAAUUUUGGGUCAACGGGGUUUCUCCUGGCUACGAGAUUGGAAUUCGCCGCGCUCCUAGUAACAGCCCAGUCACUGAUUUGAAAAGCAACGAUAUUGUAUGUAAUGUCGGAGGCGACAAGGUACCUUCAGGGGUAACGACCGUUCCAGCUCGGGGAGGAGACAGUAUCACUGUUGGUUGGGAUCCAUCAGGCCACCCUGGCCCCAUCACUCAUUUCUUGUACGGUCCGGUAGACGAUGCCGCUAAAGCCUCUGGAGUUGGAGCGGGCUGGUUUAAGAUUGACGAACGCGACUACGUAGAUGGACAUUGGGCGAAUGAAGUGGUACAGAACAAUGGCGGGAACUACACGUUCAAACUGCCUACGAGUUUGAAGAGUGGAGAUUACCUCCUUCGCUCAGAAAUGCUGGCUCUUCACGCCUCGCAGACGGUUGGUGGUGCUCAAUUCUACAUCGGCUGUAUGCAGUUGAAGAUUACAGGGAGCGGGGGCAAAUGUUCGCCUACAAUUUCAUUACCCGGGGCUUAUAAUGCCCAGGACAAGAAUAUUUACAUCCCAAAUGUGUAUAACGGCUUCGACCCGACGACAUACACUGCACCUGGCGGCCCUGUCGCGGCAUGUAAGUGA